CGGAGGUUGAAGUAAAAAAAAAAGAAUCAGGGUACACCAAUAUAACAUCUUCACCAGUUAGACAAAAAGUGCACUCUUAAACUAACAAGGCCACUUUUGUAUGUCCUAUGUUGUCUUUAAUCAUGGUUCCCCACAGACGGGGUGGGGUGGGGGUGGCAGAGGAAUUCUUAGACCUAGAGGCCUAGAGGGGUUCUUGAAAUCCUUAAGACCCCCCUUGGAUCCACCGCCGAACUAUAACUGGAAAGAAGUACGCGCACAUGUUUUGUCAAUUUUCACAUUACAUCAGGCUGCAGUUACCGGAAUGUUACUAAAUAACGUGUUAUGGACACUGUUCGUUAUACAAUAGCAGUAUUAAAUUAUAAUAUGUUACUGUACUUUUCGUUUAUUCAUGUUAAUAUCCUUGCACAUCGUGUUUUGAAUUAUUUUGUAGAUAUCAAAUAAUAUCUUCAAAUGGAGAUUCCACUUUGUCGAGUUUUCAGGAACGCAGACCAUUUAUGACAUCAGUUUUGAAAUGACGUGCGACUUUGAUAAAGCUGACAAUCUACAAAUAGGGUCGACAACAAAUAGCGAGAAACAUAAGAUCGAGACCAAGUCAUUGUCGAAGACAGAGCUCCUAGUAGAACUAACGGUAAAAGAUCCGUACACUGGACGCCCGCUCAAGAAAGCCAAACUAAACAAAAACGCCAGACUCGUUUUAGAGCUGAAUACCACAGAUGAAGACAUUGCCGUCAAGAAAAUAUCUCCUUACAGCUGUGUGGCGGGAACUGAAGAUGGCGUUCAUGCAGUGGUGUUCCUGGAUCACAAUGGAUGCACCAAUGAGGGCGCUCAGAUUAUAUUCUCCGAGGGUAACGGCACAACCUAUUGGUCGAAACCAUUCCACACGUUCACCUUCCCAGGAUAUAGUCACGUGGUGUUCAGCUGUCAGUUUGAUGUAUGCUUCACCAAUGACGACAGACUUUGUGAUGACAGAUGUGCGUUUUUAAAAGAAACCUCAAUGGGUGGACUUCAUAAUCAGACUUCGAGAAACUUUCCGACUGGCUCCAACCACACGGCGACUAGGCUGGAACUGGUGUAAUCGAACUAUUUCAUUCUGUCUCAGAGUUCUGUGUCUGAACUCAACUAAAUUUGAUCGACCAUUUCAGAGCAUGUGAUGUCAGUGUCAGUGACUGUUAUCCAGUUCAUUGCGAUUUGACUCACCCACAAGCCCUUGAGUUUGGUCCACUUCAUAGCGUUCUGGCGGUUUUCAUUGUAUUGUCAUAAAUGCACUUAAAUAAACAUAUAUAUAGA